UCACUUCCGCUGAUUGGGCGCCCGGAAUGUUGCGUUCACUGGUGCGGUGUGUCGAUGUUCGCUGUUUGCUUGUCCAAAAGUCAUGGGCGAACUAACCGGUCAACAAACAUGCAGCAGUCGUUCCUACAGAUCGUUUGCCAAAUUGUCGCGACAGUAAGAAAGAAGUCAGUGCAUCUGCGGAGUAUUUUAACAGCGGAAAGGAAAUAUUGACAUUUGAGGUCUAAGUGAAUGUAGAGUCACCUUCCUGUUUCCAUUGGUCAGACGUUUGAUCUUGUGUCAAAAUGGCUUCAGGGAGGGAAGACAUUCCAGCACUUGAGUCUGGCAUGCCAUCUGGCUUUUGUGCUGCCUUGUCAUGUCCAAUUGGGAUAACUCGACACAAUAUCAGCUACGAUGAGCACAUGGAGACUCCCAUGCAUUCGCCUCCUCCAGACAUGUCUGUCAAGAUUUAUUGGAAAGACCCAGUCAUCCCAAAGCACAGAUUCAGAAACACUGCAGAGGAACGUGAGAGCGGUGGGAAGUUACUGCCACUUGAGGCAGCAGUGCCUCCAGCAGUGUCUCCAGUUCCUGUGGUGAAAACCAAAGCCACAUCUUUAAUGAGCUCACUUAUGAUAAAACAAACCCAGGAGAACCUCCAGAAGUUUGAGCAUCAGGCAGGAUUGACAGAUGAUGUUUAUUCGCCCCACAAGGGCCUCUCUGCUGAGGAAACCCGCUCUCACCGACUUGUUGAUGGCACCUUACCAAAGUUGAGAAUGCCAAGCGGGGACUUCAAGGAGGACAGGCUUACAACAUCAGCACAAUCCACCCCAAGUGGCACCCCCUCGGUCACCCCUUCUGUCACCCCCUGCGUUAGCCCCCUCUCAUCACCAGCUGUUAAUCGCAGGAACUGGUUCCAGCUGAAUUCAGCACCUUUUCUGGUGCCUCCAGAGUCUAACAAACUUAGCCCCAACAUAGACAUGGGAGGAACUGAGGGAGGAGGAGGAGGAGGAUUGGAAAGGUGGAGCCUCUUUGGAACUCGGUCUGGAGUACAUAAAUCCCCUACUGAUCCUGGCUCUGAAACCAGCACAGGCUUCUCAUUACAGUCCUACUUUGGCCUUCAGAAGUCUUCUACCAUGGAUGGCACCAACACCCAAAUCAACCUGAAGGUGGAGGACCCUGCAAAUUUUAUGCCUCCCAAGAUCGACAUCUCAGGCACUGAAGCCAAGCGGGCUUCCACACGGCCACACAAACUUAAACCUCGGGACAUGAAUGUUUUAACACCUUCGGGUUUCUGAAGUCGGGCCAGCUGUCUAGUUCCUCCUCGUGGUACAUCCUCAGCAUUCAUUCUUUCACCAACUGAUUGCUCAUUUGAUUUCCUGCCUUCUCCUGCAGUACCUUGUAAAUUUCCUGAUGCUGAGAGGACUGAGGGCCACCUACAGUAUUAGCUCAUCAGCCCCAAAGACAUCACUGCACUGUUACUCCCUUUUCGGAGACCCGGUGAAAUUGAUUCUUGUCUUCUAAGUUCCAUUUCAGUCUCUCCCAGCCAUUGGUCCAAUUAAAAAACAAAUAGUUAUUUAAUUUGUCACACUUGAAGAUGUUUUGUGUUACUGUUGCAUCACAUAUUAAUGAGUGCAUUGGUCUGUAUUGCCUUGCUGUCCUCAUUCCAUUGUCAGCAAUGAUGUUAAAUCAAAGUUGAAAUAGCUUGUCAGUCAUUUAGCAAAAGUUAAUCUCUUAUGCAUUGCCUCUCAUACUAAAACUGACCACCUAUUUCAAUUAAUAAUGUUCAGAUGCCUCAUUUUUAUUAUUUUUGUAAGUUAUUAGUUCAAAUAACCCCCCAGAUGUAUUGUUGUGUAGUGCAUCUCUAUGUCAGCAUGUAGAGUAUAGAGUGGUGAAUGACUGAUAUUGUGCCUAAACUUGCAACAUGUUUGCAUUUGGCUUCCAAGUUUAGCUUAAGUUUUUUUUUUUUUUUUUUUUUUUUUUUUUUCAUUAUUAUGUGAAAGAGUAUCUUAGAGUACCUUGACUCAGAAUGAUUGCUGACCUGAAGUGAUUUUUAUUGUUUUAACUCAGUGAUUUUUAUAUCACCCUGCUUUAAAUGAGCUUUGUUUAUUCUAAGUAGUGAGUAGUACAUUUUGUUGGGUUUUUACUUUCUUUGCAUAAGACUGCAAUGUUGGUUAAAUAAGCUAUAAACAAAGAGAGCAUUCAACAGCUAAUUGAGAUUUGGGGAAAUUGUGUUUUAAGAACUUUGCUGGUUUGUUGGAAAAUGUUAAAUUCCAUUAAGUAAUUGCACAAGGGAGGGAAUCUCCCACAAACAUCCGUAAAUAAAUCUCAUAACAAGGAAA